AUGGGAUCUACAAGCCCCAAUGAUGGUGGGAUACUUCGUCCCCUCGCUGUGGUUGGGAUGUCGUACCGAUUCCCUGGCGAAUCAACCUCUGAUGAAGCCUUCUGGAACAUGCUCCUAUCCAAGAGAUGUGCUUCGACUGAUAUACCCCCGACCGCUACAAUAUCAACGCUCACUACAACCCAGACCCCAAGCGUCUUGAUACGAUUACCUGCCGCGGAGGUCACAUUAUUGAAGGCCGAGCUGUACGUAGAUGUCUUUGAUGCAGGCUUCUUCGGCAUCGGCGCCACUGAAUCCAGCUCAAUGGACCCGCUCCACCGUAUCUCUCUGGAGGAGUCGUUUCGCGCCUUUGAAAACGCCGGUCUGUCUCUGGAGGAUGUAGCCGGCACCAAGACAUGCGUCUUCUCAGGAUGCUUGUCGCCAGACUACGUGACUGUCAGUCAUAAGGACACCUACAACCCUAACCAGUACCAUGCAAGUGGUUUGGCUAUCAAUAUGCUGGCUAAUCGCGUGAUCUGGUGGUUCGACCUGAGAGGUCCCAGUGUCACAGUCGACACUGCCUGCUCAAGCAGCUUAAUUGCUCUCAACCUGGCCUGCCAGAGCAUUUGGGCAGGAGAUGCCACUAUGGGACUGGUCUGCGGAGCAAACAUGCUCCUCACGCCCGAAUCGCAAUUGUACUUGAACAACCUCGGCCUGUUGUCGGAAGAUAGUCGGUCGUACUCGUUUGACCAUUGUGCGAACGGUUAUGGUUGUGGUGAAGGUGUAGGUGUCAUUAUCGUUCAGCCGCUCGACGAAGCCAUCCGGCACGGCCGCACCAUUCGAGCCGUGAUUCGAUCUAGUUGUUCUAACCAGGAUGGUAAAACGCCGGGAAUUACUGCACCGAGUCAAGAAGCCCACUUCCGUCUGAUCAAUGAUACUUACCUCAAAGCUGGAUUAAAUAUGGAACAUACGCGGUACUUCGAGGCCCACGGAACCGAUCAUAGAGGCUCAGUGAAGACAAAUAUUGGGCAUCUUGAGGGUGGUUCUGGCGUUGCUGGUGUGAUCAAGGCAAUUCUUGCGCUCGAGCAUGGUGUUAUACCUCCAAACGCCAACUUUGAGCGACUGAAUCCUGAUAUCGACGCCGACUCUCUUAAAAUCAAGAUCGUCGCCGAUGCAGUCCCAUGGCCCCCCGGCCUACGGCGCGCAUCUGUCCAGUCCUUUGGAUUUGGCGGAGCUAACAGUCACGUCGUCCUGGACGACGCCUACAACUUCAUGCGCCUACACGGUUUGCAGGGUAAUCACAAGACUAAGCCAGUUCCUGGACUUGAUGACCUCUCCAGCACUACACCCAACGACAUGAAUACGUUUGCGCCCAAGAUUCUGCGGCUAUUGGUCUGGUCAACAGCGGACGAGGGCGGCAUCGCACGAACCAAAGACGACUGGCGGGAAUUUCUGGGACUAGUCAACCCGACGCAGCUUAGCAAGGGGCGCGACUUCCUCGGCGAUGUGGCGUAUACGUUGGGUGCGCGGCGGACUCACUUCACAUGGCGAGCCAUGUCGGUAGUCGAUUCCAUGGAGAACCUUGCUGGUGUGGCCGACUCGAUGAGUGCCCCAACGUGCGCCGCUGCGUCGCCUCAGCUAGGUCUCGUCUUCACCGGGCAAGGUAGCCAGUGGUAUGCUAUGGGACGUGAGCUUAUCACUCAUUACGCCCUAUACAAGCAAAGUCUGCUCGAUGCAGGUGUUUACUUGGCUAGUCUUGGUUGUUCUUGGAACCCCAUAGCGGAGCUCUUGCGGUCGGAAACAGAGAGUAAUGUCAACGAGCCGCUUUACGGUUCUCUAUGCACCAUCGUGCAAGUAGCCCUAGUUGAGCUACUACGCAGCUUUGAUGUGCAGUCAACCGCAGUCGUUGGCCACUCCUCAGGCGAGAUUGCUGCAGCAUUCUGCGCCGGCGCCAUCCCUCGCGAGUCUGCCUGGAAGAUUGCCUAUUAUCGUGGGAUAGGUGCCUCGCUACUGGCUGAAAAAAGUGAAAUAAAAGGCUCAAUGAUGGCUGUAGGCAUGGCCAAAGACAAGGUCCAAUCCUAUGUCGAUCAGGCAUCUAGUUUGCUAGGAGAAUGCCGCCUGACAAUUGCCUGGGUCAAUAGUCCGAGAAAUGUCACAAUUUCGGGCGAGGAUAUCCACAUCGAUCAUCUUAAGGGCUUGCUAGAUGCAGACAAGGUAUUUUGUCGAAAGCUUCGUGUUGGGGUAGCAUACCACUACCCACACUACCCACAAAUGCAAGAGAUCGUCGAUAAAUACCAUGAGAGAAUGGGCUUUCUUGGCUACCCUGCUUCUGACGAGGAGCAGCCACAUCAGCCGGGCUUGAUCUCAUCGGUAACGGGGACCUGGAUUGCGUCUGAGGCGAUGGCUAAGCCUGAGUACUGGAUCCGCAACCUCAUUUCCCCGGUACUGUUUUCUGAUGCUUUAGCAACCAUGGCUCAUUCCGUGAAUACCCUGCUCGAGGUAGGUCCCCACUCGGCUUUGCAGGCUCCCGUCCGCGAAAUUCUACGAGAUAUCGACGUGGAAAGUACAACUACGUACGUUCCGCUGCUCUCGCGUGGCGUGUCGGCUGUCAAGUCGCUUCUCGCGGCCAUGGGCCGUCUGCACUGUCUAGGUCACCCACUGGCUCUAGACUAUGUCAACAUGAACCCGUUAGACUCUAUGGUGACAAUAACAAACUUGCCGCGCUACAAUUUCAACCAUUCCAGGGGCUACUGGCAUGAAAGCCGGGCUAGUCGGGGUUACCGCCUCCGUCAGCAUCCUGUCUUUCCACACGUAGGCGCCCCUGAGGCCGAUUUCAACCCCCUCGAAGCCAAAUGGCGCAAGAUCAUUCGCAUUAGCGACUUGCCAUGGGUUCAGGACCACAAGAUCAACGGUACCAUUCUCUACCCGGCCGCCGGCAUGAUUGUCAUGGCAAUCGAAGCUGCUCAGCAACUAGCGGAUCACGAUAAGAUUAUUUCAGCCUUUGUCGUUAGAAAUGUUGCCCUGCAUUCGGCCCUGAACCUCCCAUCGAACGCGCCAACAGUGGGCAUUGAAGUUAAUCUGUUUAUGCGACCACGGCAAGACCAGGACGGUAAGAAUGCUGGGUGGUUCGACUUCCGCCUCUGCACCCACGACGACAACAGCCGCGUCUGGUACGAAAAUUGCCAUGGAGCCAUCCAGUUAGUGUACGAAGCUGACCGGAACGACAGAAGCCACGCCAAGGGUAUUGACAACGGCCACGAGGAGCGUUUGUGGCGCGCCAGCCUCUGCCGUGAGUACCACGAAAUGGCGGCGGCGUGCUCCACGACAAUGGAGAAAGAAGAGUUCUACAAACGGCUAGCAAAUUGGGGCUUCAACUACGGCCCAGCGUUCCGCGACAUGACGGCUGUGGCAUCAGACGGCCACGGCGGAGCAGUUAUCGAGGUGAAGACUUUUGAGCCACCAGACGGGUCCGCCCAUGCCGAGCAUAUUGUCCAUCCCGCUACCCUGGACUGCAUAUUCCAACUGAUCAUCGUUGCCAUAACGAACGCCGGCUCCAGUAAGCUGGGGACAGGCAUUCCCACACAUUUCGACCGAAUUUGGGUCUCGGCAACUGGGGUUAGCUACCCCCAUGCUCGGUCUCUCAAGGCCUAUGGAAGGGCAAAGCGUCUUGGGCUACGGCAGACGGAGACGUCGAUCGGUGUCCUUGAUUCAUCUGGAACUCAAGCUGUGAUCAAGAUUGAUGGCUUCGUGGCCACUGACGUCUCAAGCUCCACAGGCGACGCGGCCGACAAGACACUGUCCUCCAGUGCCCCUUUGUGUCACACUAUCGAAUGGAAGCCCGAUCUCGAUACAUUAACUGGGGCGCAAUUUCAACACCUCUUUACCAAUAAGAACGACUUGCCUCUGCAUUCGGAAACCCCUUACAACGAUCUUGACAAGUGGUCCCCCACGCCGGCCGUGGCACAUUUCGGAUUGAUUCUUGACUCCAUUGUGCAUAAGAGUCCGAAUGCACGAAUACUUCAGGUGGGCGCCGGCAGUGGCGAUGAGAUGGAUCGGUUGAUGAACAUACUUGCCCCGGACGGUGUUCCACCUCGCUUUGGCCUUUUCGACUAUACCCACGCGGAAUCCGAACUGCUCGAUGCAGCGCAGGAAAAGUUGGACAUCAGUGCAAGCCCGGAGGAACAGGGAUUCGAGGCGGGCGACUACGACGUGGUUGUCAUUACAGUGGACCUGUAUACCAACACUAACCUAGCCAAGGCGCUGAAUCAUUGUUGCGCGCUUCUAAAACCGGGCGGGAAGCUGGUCAUAUUCCACCCUACAUACCUAGACGUGAAAGAUGGGCAAGGAAAUUUAGGAUUUUUCAAUGCGGCCAGCUAUAAGUUCCGCAUCAUCAUAUGCACGGCGGCUGAGCUUACCCCAUCUCUGGCUCAACCUCCAUUGACGGCCGCGGUCGUGCGGAUUAUUCAUGGCCCUGAGCACCGCAAGCUUGCACUUGAGCUUCAACGGUUCAUGACCAAUGUGCAGUGUUCAGCUCGAGUGCAGGGCUUGGACGAGGUGGCCGAAGAAGCGGAGGCGUAUGAAGACAUCUGUGUGUUCCUUCUAGAGCUUGGCCAGCCCGUGUGGUAUGAUAUCGCGCGUGAGACCUUUGUCCGCAUCCAGAAGCUCCUCUCAACUACGCGUAAAAGUCUCUGGGUUCAGAGAGGAGUGGAAUCCUUGCCGCACUUCCGUCUCAUUGAUGGGGUGUCGCGGGUUCUUAAUUCGGAGCGAGAUAGGGCAGCACUCACUUUGCUCAGGCUUGAAGGGAAUGAUGAUGCAUUGACAAUACCUCAAAUGGGCCAUAUUGUGAGAUUGUGUCGACAAUUUCUGUCAUCAGAUGACGUCGAUACCGAGUAUGUCGAACGCGAAGGCAUGCUGCACAUCCCGCGUCUUGUGCCUCGACCUCAGCUCAACGCCCAGAUCGAAACGCGACUACGUCCACGUCAACACGUUACUCGGCCAUGGUACGGCGAAGGGCAAGUCCCACUACUCUUGGCCAUUGGCUCACCGGGGUUGCUCAAUACGGUGCACUGGGUUGAGGACACAGAAAAUACGCCCGAUGCACCUUUGGGAGACACGGAGGUGGAGGUUCGUGUACACAGCGUUGGACUCAGCUUCCGUGAUCUACUGAUGCUUCUCGGUCGCGUCAAUCACUCUGGCAUCGGGAAUGAUAUUGCUGGAGUGGUCACACGGCUGGGGCGGGGGUGUUCGGGGUUACGUGUGGGUGAUAGGGUGGCAGCUUGCCGCAUGAACGCAUACCGCUCUUUAGUGCGUUGUCCACGAACCCACGUUGUUACGCUUCCGGACAACAUGUCCCUGAGCGAAGGCGCCUCCCUUCCUAUGCCUUUUGUGACCGCGUGGCAGUGCUUGAAAGAGAGAGCAUUUCUCCGUGCCGGGGAGACUGUACUGAUCCACUCGGCAGCGGGGGGCACAGGACAAGCCGCAGUACAGGUUGCACAGUAUUUGGGUGCCAAUAUCAUCGCGACAGUUGGCACUGACGAAAAGAGAGAGCUGGUAGUCGAAAGAUAUGGUCUCCCUCCCGACCACGUAUUAUCGAGCAGAGAUACAUCAUUUUUCCAGGGCGUUAUGCGUCUCACUAGUGGGCGCGGCGUCGACGUCGUCUUGAAUUCACUUUCAGGAGAAGGUCUUUUCGCGUCGUGGGAGUGCGUUGCACCCUUUGGAUGCUUCAUUGAGAUUGGUAAGAAGGAUAUCAUUGCCAAGGGCUCGCUUUCUAUGGCCCAGUUCGCGCAUAAUGUCUCUUUUAGCGCUUAUGACUUGUCGGAAAUGCUGUUGGAUCGGGCUGGGGACGCGGGUGCAGCCCUCCAGCAAAUCCUCACACUUAUUGAGCAGAAAAAAAUGAGUCCUGUCCAUCCACUGCAAGUUUUCAGUGCGGGGGAGAUCGAGAAGGCUUUCCGGGCGAUGCAAUCCGGUAAGACCAUGGGCAAGAUUGUUGUCGAGUUCCGACCCGAUGAACAGGUCGAGGCUUUCAUUGGGGCAAAAUCGACCCUCUCCUUGGAUUCGGAUGCAGCGUAUGUAAUUGCGGGUGGUCUGGGAGGUCUUGGCCGCGCAAUAUGUCAGUGGUUCGUUCAUCGUGGAGCGCGCAACUUAAUCCUUCUCACACGCUCUGCCGUCCCCAAAACAUCCGAGGCAAAGGAACUCCUCUUCAAGUUGCGCAGCCAGGGCGCCCAGAUUGUUGUCAAAGCUUGUGACAUCAGUUAUUCCAAUGCUGUCGCUGCUGCUCUCCUUGCCUCGCCAGGCACACCCAUCAUCAAAGGUUGCAUCCAAGCAUCCGCGGUCUUACGUGAUGCCGCCUUUGAGGCCAUGUCCUUCGACGCCUGGCAAGAUUCGCUCGCAAGCAAGGUUGCCGGCACGUGGAACUUGCACAGAGCAAUGCCACAAGGAAUAGAUUUUUUUAUCAUGCUUUCUUCAGUAGCCUCGACGUGCGGAUCUCGUGGUCAAGCGAACUACGCGGCAGGCAACACCUUCCAGAACGCUGUCGCCCACUAUCGUGUCGCCGCGGGCGAGCGAGCCACAGCACUAGCCCUUGGGCCCUUUUUCGAUGUGGGCAUGAUGACCGAGAACGACUUCUUGCAAAACCAAUUCGCCGGAGUCAGCGGAGUGGCCGAGACCGAACUGCUCGCUCUGCUCGACUACUACUGCGACAAGUCCAAACCAGCGGAUCCCAACGACUGCGAGCCAACCGUGAUGCGCUUCGCGCCGGGAAUGGAGAACAGCAAGCUCAACUACGUUCUGCGCAAACCCAUGUUCCGUGGCAUCAAAGCGGCGAUGAUGACAGACGAUGCAUCACAAGUGGCCAAUGGAGCACCUGGAGAGCACGGUGGCCUUGAUUUUGCACGCUUUUUCGCUGCCAAACCCACAGCCGCCGAAGCUGUCACCGCCGUCGGGUAUGCGCUGGCAACCAAGCUUGCCGAAACUAUGGUGAUGUCGCGCGACGAGAUUGAUAUGACAGCGCCCAUGCGAAGCUUUGGGGUAGAUUCUCUUGUCGCCGUCGAGAUCCGAAAUUGGAUGAGCAACGAUCUUCGAGCCGACGUAGCUAUAUUUGAUAUCUUGGAAGCGACAUCCGUGGUGGCUCUCGGGGCUUUGGCCAUUGGGAAAAGCAGUUAUUUCGCGGAGAAAAAUGAUAGCGUAGAAUUACAUGGCCAUGAAGAAAACUGCGGAUAACUUUGAGGAAAACGGUUUCACGCUCGUGGGCGGGAUCACACAUGG